AAUUCGCGUAGAGAUGUUGUUUUAUGUUGUAAUUUUCGUAAUUUUUAGUUUUUCCUAUGUAAACGGUGUAAACGAUAUGUCAGAAGAAACAUGCGAAACAUUGCCAUCCGAAAUCCAUUUAACGAAAGAGGAAUACGAUGAACUUGGAAGGCUGCAAAGGACUUGUAAUGGCGAAAUAGCCGUAAAUAAAUGCGAAGGUUCCUGUAAAAGUCAAGUCCAACCGUCUGUCAUUACCCCUACUGGAUUUUUAAAGGAAUGUUACUGCUGUAGAGAAAGCUUCCUGCGAGAACGAAUAGUCACCCUGUCUCACUGCUACGACCCGGAUGGCGUCAGAUUAACAGGUGAAGGCAACAACGCGCUUGAUGUCAAAUUGAGGGAGCCUUCGGAAUGUAAAUGUUUUAAAUGCGGUGAUUUUAGUCGAUAAGGGAAACACGCUCAUUUUUUUUAGCGAAAGGCACCUUCAUUUUUUUAUAUGUAGUAUAUUUUAAUAAUUAUUAUGUACAAAAAGUAGGAAUUUAUAAAUUAAACA